AUAUUUAAAUCUGAAAAGUAUUUCAGAAUUUGAUAUAUCUAAAAUUAAAUUAAAAACUUAAAAAAAAAAAAUCAAAAUUUUGGCGGUAAAAACUUAAAAUAAGAACUGAUAAGGUCAUCUGGAAUUUUCUUGCUUAGCAUUCAGAAGAUUGAGAAAAAAAGAAGAAAACAGUGCAAGAACUCUAGGUUUGUAUUAUAUCUUACUUAUGACAUGUAUUAUGUUAUAAUUAAUCAAGACAAAAGUUUUAUUUAAUGAAAACUGCUGCAUUUGUGGUGGGUGGGGUAUUGUCUUUUCCUUAGUACUGAAUAUUUAAUUUAGAAUGAGCUUUCUUUCAUGUAUAUAUCUGAUCACAGUAGUAAAAAACUUCAGGAUAUGACUUUUUGAAUCACAUUUCUCUCUUCAGAUUCAGUGUAGCACUAUGGAAUCAAUUGGACCACCUGUAUAAUAUACUAGUACUGCACAGAAGUGGACUGUAUGUAAUAUAUUACCAUCAGGAUGUUGUCAGUUAAAGCUUCUACACAUCAGUGCAACCCAAUGUUCUAUGGGGCAGGAAGACAGUGCGUUGCAAACAGCUAUAUGGCUAUGACGAAAUCGUUGAAGAAGCCCUUACAGUUUUGGCAGACUGAGGACCUGGAUGAUAUCCUAAAUAAUGGGGAUAAAUUGUAUACAGAAUUAAGUGCAAGUGGACAGAGAGAACCCUAUCUCUUGAUUUCAGAGCUAAAUAAGCCUGAAGUAUGUUCAAAUUUCAGGUUCAAAAUAAACAACAUUUACAGUGGAGAUAUUCAUGCAUCUUCAGCUGAAAACCCUUUCAGUACAUUAAGUGAUGCCAUACAAAACAUUGAGACAUUUGCCUUUUUAACAAUAAAAUGUUAUACAAUGGCAGUAAUUAACAAUGGUACAUUUUACGUUUUUGAUCCGCAUGCACGUAAUGACCAAGGGCUGCCUACUGUUGAUGGCAGUGCAGUUCUCACUGGGCACAGCAAUAAGGAUGAACUAUUUAAUUUUGUCAAAUUGCUGUCCAAUAAUUUAUGCUCUACAUCAGCAAAUAUCCCAUAUGAAUUGACAAAUGUAACUAUUACAUCUAUAGAUAUUGAAGACAAUAAGCAUAUAAUUUCUGAUGCAUGUAGUACAUCAAGCAGUCUUGAGUUCUCAGGAUUUUCAGAUGUUAGUGAUUCUGAGUAUACCUAUAUUGCAAAGAAAGUAGAGGACCUGAUCAGAAAUAAUAGCGCUACUGACACAGAUGCUAAUCCCAGUAAUCUUACUGAUUCAAAUACAUCUGAUGAUGAAAAAAUUUCUUAUGUAACAGAUUCUACAGAUGAUGAUAUACCUCUGUCUGUUUUGUCGCAGUAUUACAAGAAAUUACAGUAUAUAUCUGAUUCAGAUUCAGGGAACUUGACUGAUCUUGAUGUUGACAGUUCAGGCAGUGAAUAUGAAUUCACAAAAUAUGAGAAACGUAAAUUGGAACAGUCAGAUAUAUCUGAAUCUGAGUCAGAUACAGACUUAAAAAGUAAGAAAAAGAUAAGAUGUAAAGUAAAACAAAAGCAGUCUCAUAGUGAUACACACAAAGUGAACCAAGAAGCACCUGAGUGUCUUAUAAGGAGUGGUCUAGGUGGAGUACCUGGGUGUCAUAUAGGGAAUGGCCAAGGUGGGGCACCCGAGUGUCAUAUAGGAAAUGGUUUAGGUGGGGUGUCUGAGGGUCAUAUACAGAAUGGUCUAGGUGGGGCGCCUGUGUGUCAUAUAGGGGAUGAUGUAGAUGGGGCGCCUGAGUGUCAUUUAGGGAAUGAACCAAGUGGGGCACCUAAGUGUCAUAUAGGGAAUGGUUUAGGUGCGGCACCUGAAUGUCAUAUUGGAAGUGGUCUAGAUGAGUCACCUGAGUGUCAGAUAGGGAAUGGUCUAGGUGGAGUACCCGAGUGUCAUAUAGGGAAUGGCCAAGGUGGGGCACCCGAGUGUCAUAUAGGAAAUGGUUUAGGUGGGGUGUCUGAGGGUCAUAUAGAGAAUGGUCUAGGUGGGGCGCCUGUGUGUCAUAUAGGGGAUGAUGUAGAUGGGGCGCCUGAGUGUCAUUUAGGGAAUGACCCAGGUGGGGCACCUGAGUGUCACAUAGGGAAUGGUUUAGGUGCGGCACCUGAAUGUCAUAUUGGAAGUGGUCUAGAUGAGUCACCUGAGUGUCAGAUAGGGAAUGGUCUAUGUGGAGUACCCGAGUGUCAUAUAGGGAAUGGCCAAGGUGGGGCGCCCGAGUGUCAUAUAGGAAAUGGUUUAGGUGGGGUGUCUGAGGGUCAUAUAGAGAAUGGUCUAGGUGGAGUGCCUGUGUGUCAUAUAGGGGAUGAUGUAGGCGGGGCGCCUGAGUGUCAUUUAGGGAAUGACCCAGGUGGGGCAUCUGAGUGUCAUAUAGGGAAUGGUUUAGGUGUGGCACCUGAAUGUCAUAUUGGGAGUGGUCUAGAUGAGUCACCUGAGUGUCAGAUAGGGAAUGGUCUAGGUGGGGCACCAGGGAAUCAAAGUGAUAUAGAAGGGGCACUGGAUAGUCAGGAAAGUAUAGAUAGUGGUGUGGGUAGACCUUGUACUGAAGAUGUUUACAGGGGAAGAAAACGAAAACGGAACCCCGAAAAAUGGACCAGAAACAUCCGCAAAAGACUAAAGAAUUCAGGUAAGAAAUUCUACAAUAGAAAUGGAAAAGUUGUAAGUGGACGGUAUGUAAAACCAGGGUGUGGGCAGAAGUGCAGAUAUAAGUGCCAGGUGAACUUUAACUCAGAGGAAAGAGACUGCAUAUUCCAUAAAUACUGGGGAUUAGGGAACAUUGAACAGCAGAGACAGUUCCUGUUUAACCACUCGUCCCCAAAGCCAAAGGCCAGCAAACGUUUAAACAGCAGUUCUAAGCGAAAUAUUUCAUGUGCAUGGUCUUUGCCUCAAAAUGAUGGAACACAGGUAAGAGUUUGCAAAACUUUCUUUUUAGAUACACUAAAUGUAUCAGCACAAAUGGUAAGGACUGCAAUAAGAAAGUCAAAGAUCAUCCCUGGUGUUUGUGAAACAGACAGGCGAGGCAAACACUUGAACAGACCAAAUCGAACCAAACAAACUGAAAUUGAAUACAUAAAAGCGCAUAUAAACUCUUACCCACGAGUUGAGUCGCAUUAUUGUAGAAAGGAUUCUAAGAAGGAGUAUUUAGAACAGGACCUAAACUUAGCAGAACUGCAUAGACAAUAUAAAGAGAAAUGCAGAGAAGAUGAAAGGACGUCUGUUUCACAAGGUGUGUAUCGUUCUACUUUCGAUAACUGCUUCAAUAUUGGGUUCAUGAAACCUCUUAAAGAUCAAUGUGACAUGUGUGUUAGGUUCAGGAACGCAUCUGAUGUUGAAAAGGUCAGUAUUCAAAGUGAAUAUGAUCUGCAUAUUAAAAAUAAAGAGUCUGCACGUGCCCAAAAGAACCAUGAUAAAGAAAAAGCUGAAUCUGGAAUAGAUGAUUACCUGCUUGCUGCCUGCUUUGAUUUAGAAAAAGUGCUUUUAACACCAAAGGGAAAAGCAUCAUCCUUGUACUAUAGAAGAAGAUUGAAUUCAUUCAAUCUUUCAAUUUACAAUCUUGGUACAUCAGAUGCUAAUUGUUACGUCUGGAACGAAAGUAUAGCAAGUAGAGGAGCCUGUGAAAUUAGUAGCUGUGUCUAUGACUUUUUAAAGUAUUCAAGGAGUCGAGGUAAACAAAAAUUUAUCUUUUUUUCCGACAAUUGCAGCUCUCAAAAUAAAAAUAGAUAUUAUAUAUCUAUGUUGUGGUAUGCCAUGAAAACUCUGAAAUUGCAGUCUAUUAAACACAAAUACCUACAGAAGGGACAUACGCAGUCUGAAAAUGAUUCUGUGCAUGCAGCCAUAGAGAGCCACAGCGAGGUAAGUAAACCUAUUUACACAACCCCUCAGUGGGCCACUGCCAUAAGAGGAGCCCGAAAGUCAAAAAAAGCCUAUGAAGUUAAGGAGAUGGAUUGUUCAGACUUUUUCAAUUUUAAAAAAGUGGCUACAGUUCUUAAGAAUUUUGAUCUGGAUACUGAUCGACAAAAGGUGAAUUGGUUAGAUAUUUUGACCUUUUCCUUGAGCUGUGAAAGUCCAAAUAUUGUUGGAUUCAAAUACAACUAUGAUGGACCAGUCCACUACAUCAACCUGAUACAAAAGGUACGCAGAAGCACUGAAAUCCCAAACCCAUUAAACAUUAGAUUGGAACAGUUAUAUGAAAAGAGGCCACAUAUUACCUAUGACAAAUACAAAGACCUAAUGAGGCUAUGUCGGGAUGGAAUUAUUCCUUCUGUACACCACCAGUUCUUUUCUGAGCUGCCACAUGACACUGAAUAAUCAACUUCCCUGUUAGAAAAUACAGGUGCUUAAAAGCUAUGACAGUUUUUAAUUAAAAAUUGUUUUUAAAAGCAGACUACAGUACUAAAAUUUGCAAAGUGAAAGCAAUAUUUAGUUUAGUCCGUAACCCAUGUCUAUAAUAUUUGCAUUUAUUUUGGAGUGAAUUUUUGAAAUCUAUAUUCACUGACUGUUGGUAUUUUGAAGUCAAAUGAAAUUGUCCUUGUAUUUAAAGCCUCAUUUAAGGAAAUUUUAUUUCCUAAUAUUAGGAUAACAUCCAAUUAAAAGCCUCACUUAACGAAGUUUUAUUUCCUAAUAUUAGGAAAUAAAACUUCGUUAAGUGAGGCUUUUAAUUGGAUAAUUUCAUAUGACAAAAUUUUCACAAUUUGUUUGCAGAAGAUUAAAUCAGAUAAUUCUCUUGUCAAUGAGAUAACUGAGAUGGUUAAAUUUGCAAAGGCGGUAAUCUGCGAAAAAAAGUGAAAAAUAAACCAAAACUAUUUACUUCAAAAUUUUACAGUAUCCUGACUGAAGUGACAUGAUUAGUAUGCAUCAUUCUUUACACCAUGAUGAAGUUUUUCACAGGUACCAUAUAAAGCUCAACAAUUACCAUCAUAGAUUAUAGCUAUAGAUUAGUUCACUGUUUUGUGGUGAAAUUUUCAUUUUACGCAAGUAUAGGAUAAAAGUGAUUGGUUUGAAAUAAACUGGGCCUAUCCAUAAAGCAUCUUUGUAAAAUUUUCUGCUUGGUUAAGUUUUUCUUUAAAAUUGAUUUUAUUCCUUACUCUGUUUCCUUUCAGUUAGGGACUGAUCAUAAAUGAUUUAUUUUAAUUUUACUCUUAGAGUAUCCUAUGUAAUAUGUAAAUUCAAAUUCAUGCCAGUGAAAAUUAUGCCAAGAACAUUAUUAAAGGGAAAAGUAUUUGACUUGAGUCAAACAUAUCAACGUAGGUAAAUUGUUUUACUAAGAUGUUUUAUAAAUACCGGUUCAAUUGACAUAAUAAUUUGAUAAAUAAAAAGAAGAUGGACUUAGUGAUGGUACAUUUGAUAUUACACUAACAGUAUAUUUUAUAUUACAGCUUAUAACACAAUAUAAAUACAUCUAUAUUUGUAUCAUGUGAAAAUACCCAGGAAAAUUAAGCCUAAAUAAGUAAAUUGACAUGAAUUUCUUGAUGUUAAUUAAAUUAAUAAUUUAUUUUACAUUUAUAGAAACAUAUACUACAGUUAAUUGCAAAAUGUAUAAUUGCUGUUCUUUGCCAUUAUAUCAUUCUAACAAUGUUAUUAUUAAAUUAUGUUUAUUGAUGUUUUGAAAAUGUGUUGUCUUUUUUAUUGGAUUCCCUGUAGUACUGAAGUUAUAGCCUAAACUGCUGACGCAAACUUGCUAAGUCCAUUUAGAACUAGUUUUGCACAACAAUGAAAAGAUUAUGUGCCAAGAAAGUUCAACUGGAAUCCUUUUGCAUAAAUAUUUGUUCAAAUUCAGAUCUGAUAAAAGUGCAAAACUAAUCCAACUUAAGUUAGAAUAGUUUUGCAUAAAUGAUUGUUCUAAAUACUGACAAUGUUUAAUGCAAAACUAUUCCAAGUUUAGUUAGAAUAGUUUUGCGCUAUCGAUUAUGUAAAAUGUAAUCAAUUUUCAGUGCAAAACUAUUCCAAGUUAAAAAAUGUCUAAUAAAUCACUUUUAAAGAAAAUAAUGUAUUAAAUAAUAGUAUUUUUAUAUUAAUUUAGUGUUAAAGUAAUUUUAUUCCAAAAAUAAAUCUAAUUUAUAGAAUAAAGACAAAAAGAGAAAGUUUUUCCCUCCUCCUGAAAAAAAGUAAAAACUGUAGUUAGUAUAGUUUUGCGCUGAGCCC